AUUCAUGUGAUUUGACUGAUUUGAACAAUGUUUAUUGCAAAACUCAAUUUCAGAUUUUAGGAUUAUUCAAUUAAUUUUCUGAAUUCAAUACACUACCUAAAGAAGAUAACCCACAAAUGAACAAUGCUGUCAGGGAAAACAGCGGUCUAUAACGUUUUACACAGUCGAGACACUUGUACUUUAUGUUUUCAUAUUAUAAACGAAGAGACCUCGUUCUUUCAUGUUGACGACAAUAUUGUAGUGAAAGAAAACGAUGAAACUGCCGAUAUUACAUUCACGCAGAUUAUAGCGACUUUACUGGCCGUACAUGAUGCAAGCACCGUUAUAACAAGAAAAAUAUGCAAGCCAUGUGCCACUAGCGCCAUCUACUGUUUCAAGUUCAUCAACAGAUGCAGACAAUCAAGACUCCUCCUCACCAACACCAUCAGUAAACUAUCAUCAUGCCUGAAUGACUCUAAGAUUGAUACGGAAUCCACAAAAACUUUGUAUGUUGCCAAUGAUGAGAAUGGUCAGUUUUUAAAUUAUUCCGACAAACUGAGCAAGGCUAAAACUACCAGCAAAGUUUUGAGGAGGUUUAAAACUAUUGUUAAAAGGCAAAGAAGGGCGAAGCAAGCUGUGAAAGUUGAAAAUAAUUACAAUGACGAGUUUGAUAAUGAUACCAUAGACACAAACCCUGCUGAACUUAAACUUCCUAAUGGCAGCCAUGAUAGCUUUCUGUGUGAAUUGUGCUCGGCUAAGUAUACAGACAGAAAGGGUUUAAAAAGUCAUUUUGAAAGGACCCAUGCUCCAAAAAUUCACAAAUGCCCUGAUUGUCCCAAAGCCUUUGGAGCAGCAUAUUUACUUAAAAUGCAUGCACAAGACAGCCAUAUAGCAGCUAUAUGCGAUGUUUGCGGAAAGAAAUACGCCAACAGACAUUCUUUGAAAAUGCACUCGUAUAAUCACGCCAACUUAAGAUGCCCCAUUUGCAAUCGACACUACAAAUCACGCUUUAGUUUCAAAAAGCAUGUUGACGCGAAAAUCUGUACCAAAGAGGUUGGAUGGCAGAAAAAAGAUAACGGUAACAAGAACUUCUUUUGCGAUUCGUGCGGUAAGGGAUUUGCGAAGAAAUACAGUCUGUACAUACACAUAAAGUUUGAACACGAGAAGAGUUACAAAAGCUUCGACUGUGCGUGGUGCGACAAAAAAUUCCCGGCUGCAAGCAGACUGAAAUACCACAUGGUGAAGCACACUAGAGAACGCAACUUCACAUGUGAAACGUGCGGAGGUAAAUUUGUGACGAAGCCGGCCCUUGUGUAUCACACUAGGAUUCACACAGGUGAGACUCCUUAUGCGUGUGAAUUCUGCGACAUGAAGUUUCUUUCGACCUCGCGGAGGAUGGACCACGUGCGGCGAAGGCAUAUGGGGGCGACACAGCAGUGCGAUAUCUGCAGUAGUAAAUUUAAAACGCCGUCUGGGCUAAGAAAGCAUAGGAGGAGGCAUUUUAAUCCAAGUAGUAAGCUGUUUGUUCAGAAUGUCCCAGCUUUGCCGGGAAAUGUUGAAGUGUAGUUGUGUCUGUAUACAACCUGUAUAGAAUGCAAUAUU